AGUCAAUUUAAUUUCAAAAAUUGAACUGUGAAGGCCCUCAUCCCCAUCUCAUGAUUAAUUUACCUUUUAUCUUUUCUUUUCCUCUCUUCUCCUUUCGGUAAAUACGCUUUUGUUGAGUGAGAGGGAAGAAGCAGCAGGUGAAGGCAGGCAAGGCAAGGCAAGGCAAGGCUUCGUAACGAUUAACGACGAAAGCAGUUGGCAGAAGGAAGGGAAGGAAGGAUUAAGGGACAAGGCGGUAGGCAAACCCGACCAGCCAGCCAGCUCCAUUAAUAGCAACCUCUCACCUGCUCUGAAAGCUUUCCUUCCUCUUCCACCAUCUCCCCCUAGUGAUAUAAGAUUAACGGCGGCGGGACGGCGGCGGUGGCGGCAGUAGCAGAGACGACUUGGGAUUCUCGAGAUCUGGUUAGUUUGGAAUCGUUUGAUUGCUCGUUUGCUGAUUGCUGGUGUAGUCGUGGUUGAUUCUGGCCACACGGAGUAGCAAUGCGGUCUGAGUGAUAAAUGACAAGGGCAAGAGCCAAGAGGAAGAGGAAGAAGAAAAGCAGCCUGCUGCCGCUACUCCAUUUCUAAGUUUGCAACUAUUAAUUUAAACCUGUUUUGGUCUUCGUUGGUUCUUCAUCGGCGGGACCAUGACUACCAAACGCGCCUACAAGCUCCUUACUUCCAAUUUCAUUUCCUUGACCACGGCUUUUACUUCCUUGAAAGAGGAAUUUGUGGCACAUUCUUCUGCUGUGAAUUGUCUCAAGAUUGGGAGGAAAUCGUCUAGGAUUCUAGUUACUGGAGGUGAAGAUCACAUUGUUAAUUUGUGGGCUAUUGGCAAACCCAAUGCAAUAUUGAGUCUGUCGGGACAUAAUAGUGGAAUCGAUUCAGUCAAUUUCGAUUCUUCGGAAGUCUUAGUGGCGGCGGGAUCUGCAAGUGGUACAAUCAAACUAUGGGAUUUAGAGGAGGCAAAGAUUGUCCGUACCCUCAGGGGCCAUAUGUCCAACUGCAUAUCCGUGGACUUUCACCCUUUCGGAGAGUUCUUCGUAUCUGGUUCUUCCGAUACGAACGUUAAGAUAUGGGAUAUCAGGAAGAAAGGUGGUUCUAUCCACACUUACAAGGGGCACACUAGAGGGGUCAAUGCAGUUAGAUGCACUCCAGACGGUCGUUGGGUAGUAUCUGGUGGACAGGACAACACUGUGAAGCUGUGGGAUCUGACUGCCGGGAAGCUAUUGCACGAGUUCAAGUGUCAUGAUGGGCAGAUUCAAUGCAUUGAUUUCCAUCCCAAUGAGUUCCUUUUAGCAACAGGAUCUGCCGAUAGAACUGUGAAGUUCUUUGACCUUGAAACUUUUGAACUGAUUGGUUCUGCUGGUCCUGAGGCGAGUGGAGUACGUUGUUUGACCUUCAAUCCUGAUGGGCGGACCGUCCUCUGUGGUUAUCAUGAAAGUCUGAAGGCUUUCUCUUGGGAACCGAUAAGAUGUCAUGAUGCCAUUGAUGUGGGAUGGUCCAGAUUGUCAGAUCUGCAUGUUAAUAGUGAUGGGAAACUCCUUGGCUGUUCUUAUAAUCAGAGUUGUGUGGGAGUAUGGGUCGCCGACAUCUCGCGGACAGAGACAUCUGCACUUGGCAAUUCUCAGAGGUUCAAUAGUCAUGUGGAAUCUAAAGCAAGUGGAAUGGGAAAUCAAUCAAUACUAACUGAAAACACUGCAAAAGCAAGUUUGGGGAGGGUAUCAGUUUCACAAGGGGCAGACUCUUUGGUAAAUGAAGCCAAGUCGUUAGGGAGACUGUCAGUCUCUCACAAUUCUGAUACCACCAAAGAUUUACCCAAAGAGUCAAAGACUAUAGCAUCCACAGGAAAUGUGCCUGGUACCCCUCAAAAGGUCAGCGUAAACUCUGGCGUAAAAGCAUUGGCCAAUCCCAUAACAGUUCCAAGUACUGGAGUCGCUAAGAAGAAUUAUUCAAAGGGCAAUCCAGCAAUGAGUGGUCCAGUCUUUAGUAAGGCAGAUGUUAUACCUGUGAUUGUGCCUAGAACUAGUGCAAGGUUGGAACGUAACUCUGAUUUGAGAAAAGAAACUAGUAUCAGUGGCAGAUCAAUGCAGUUUCCUUUGCAAUCAAAGACUAAUGAUUUCCGAAGGUUCCCUAGUAGUAAUGAUGACAUGGAGCAGCAGACUAUCUCUGUCCAGCAUGCGCCUACGGGAAGCAAUGUUGUGGACAGGACUAGUUUUCCUGCAGCAAAGGGCUCAAUUCAUGGAGUACUGGCUACUGAAAGGAGUUUGAAGGAGGACAGGUUGAUUGCAUCCAGAGGACCAGAAUCAAAUUUCAUGACAGAUCAACCUUCGACCUACCCUGUGGAAAUUUAUGAGAAUCGUGGGCAUAAAUUAUUUAGAGAUGCACCCUCGUUUGAAGGCCAAAAAGGAGGAAGAAUGCGCUCACUUGCUUUUAAUAUGGAGAAAAAUGGAAGAACAGCCUAUCAGGGGGCUACACCUGAUGUAUUACCUGGGAGAGCGUCCAGGGUUGUGCUCCCUCUUAAUAGAAGAGAGCACACCCCGUCUCCUGAAGCCAAGACGAUUUUGGGCACUGAUGAGGAUUAUAUAGCCGAUGUAAUGGAACCGCAUGACCAAUUUGUGAGCUCUAUGCAAUCACGAUUGGCCAAAUUGCAGGCUGUAUAUAGAUAUUGGGAGCGAAAUGAUGUCAAGGGGGCCAUUAGUGUGAUGGAGAAGAUGGCUGAUCAUGCUGUUGUUGCUGAUGUAACCAGCAUUAUUGCUGAGAAAAUUGACGUUGUUACCUUAGAUGUUUGCACGUAUCUUCUGCCUGUUCUAACAUCUCUUCUCGAAAGCAAAAUGGACAGGCAUUUGAGCAUCUCGAUGGAGUUGCUGGUAAAGCUCGUCCGGACAUUUGGUACUGUGAUCUACUCAACUAUAUCAGCUUCAACCACUAUCGGUGUAGACAUUGAAGCGGAGAGAAGAAUGGAGCGUUGCAAUCUUUGUUUCGUUGAGCUGGAAAAGGUUAAGCGCUGCUUGCCUUCCCUUGCAAGACGAGGAGGUUCGGUAGGGAAGUCUGCACAGGAGCUGAAUUUAGCUCUACAAGAAGUUUCAUAACUGACACGGGUUCGAGGAAAGCUAAAACUCGAGCUCGUGGAGGAAGGAAUGGCGUCUGGGUUUUCUUGUAAAUUCGUGCUAAAAUGAAGACAUUUCUUGGUGACCCACUCACAUGGUUUUUACACUGAGACCACCAGAAAGAAGGCUAACAGAAAUCUGUAUCUCGUCGCUCCCGCUGCUGCUGCCUGCAGACGAAUGGAGAGAGUGCUGAAUGGAGAGAGUUGUUACAGGAAUUCUUUGCGUUCGUUUGAAUGCAUAACCUGUACUCCACAAACAAGAAUGUAAUACGGUGUUGUUUUGAUUGUUUACCGUUAUCAUAGAGGGCUAGGUAGGGAUAUGAAAGUGUACUCUGAUUGCUUCAUUGUUAUCGCUCGGGCUAAAAAGUGCCUAAUGAAAUUAUCAUCGUAAAGAUGAAAGUGUUCUCUUCUACUACAGUCUGCAGCCUGCUAGUAUUUCAUUCUAAACAGC